UGUGGGCUCGGCGCGUAUGUUUCCAUCAUGGCGGCGUCAAUUUCGGGAUACACUUUUAGUUCUGUGUGUUAUCACAGUGCCAACAGCAAUUCCGACCAUGAGGGCUUCCUGUUGGGAGAAGUGAGACAGGAGGAGACUUUAAGCAUCAGUGACUCACACAUCGGUAGCUCAGAAUUCCUCAAUGUAAUAGAGGUCCAUAAUCAUGAACCUUGUACACAACUGUUUAGCUUUUAUGACUAUGCAGGUAACGUCAAUGAAGAAAAUCUCAACAGAAUCCUCAAGGACAGGAGAAAAAAUGUUAUCGGCUGGUACCGGUUUAGAAGGAACACUCAACAGCAGAUGUCAUUCAGGGAGCAGGUGAUCCAUAAGCAGUUGACCCAUAUACUUGGCAUCCCAGAUCUGGUCUUCCUCCUGUUCAGCUUCAUCUCCACAGCCAAUAGUUCCACACAUGCUUUGGAGUAUGUGCUCUUCAGGCCCAACAGAAACAAGUAUAAUCAGAGGAUAUCUCUAAGCAUCCCAAACCUGGGCAACACCAGUCAACAGGAAUAUAAAGUCUCAUCUGUGCCGAACACUUCCAAGAACUACACCAGUGUCAUUAAAGAACAUGGGACUGAGUUUUUUGAUAAGGAUGGGGUGAUGAAGGACAUUCGAGCUAUUUUUCAAGUAUACAGUGCCCUUCAAGAAAGAGUGCAGGCGGUGUGUUGUGAAGUAGAUCAAAGUGAACGAGUGAAGGAGAAAAUCCAAGAAGAAGUGAACAAACUCAAAGAGGAAAUCACUCUCAGGAAACGUAACAGCGCUGAGGAAGAGAGAAGACUCCAAGAGGCGGCUGCUGUCAUGCUUCCCGAUAACUCUGCCCUUCCUGACUCUUCACACUCUUCACUGACUCAAGUCGUGCUCUCAGGUCCCUCGGUAGAGCCCAGUUUAGAGAGACCCGUGAACUCGUCAUCUCCACCAAUCUACAGCACCACACUGCCUCCAGAUUCACCAAGCGCUAUACUGCUGCCGCGGCCCCAAGCCGUAGGUUCGCCCGGACACCCGUCUCCCAGUCUGGGCCUGGGCAACGGAGACGGUUCGAGCUCGGAUUCCCUGAACCGCCAGGCCACCGGCCAGGAAGACCAGGAGGAUGACGACGAGGACAGUAGCGAGUACGAAAAUUUAGUUAGCGAGCAAUUGCAACCACCUUCCUUAACAGAAACUGUUUUAUUAGGACGACCGGCUACCCUGUGGCCCGACGGAGACGCCCACAGCCCGCCAGGCUCAUAGUAAUCAAACAAACCAACGGGGAUAUUGAUGAACGAACAGAACUAGGUGUGAUCGUGAGGUCGUGGUGUUCAGAACACAAACAAGCACUUUCCUUUUGUGAGCUAUGACAAUGCUGUCCUGUUGUACACAUUUAACAUCUCUGUGCAGGGGACAUCAUCGUGUUUCGACGAACUCCGAAGUGGAAUGGAAUGAUAUCCCCAUCCAUGUGGAUCGACAGGCCCCCUUUUCUCCGUUUCAUGCUCUCCUCUCUGGUUUCGUUUGGGUGGAGAGGUGCAUCCUGCUUAUCUCUGCGUCUGCCACUCACUGGAGUCAUUCGGUUCUUGCACCAUUUACCUCUCACACUGUUUUGCCUUCUUUUGAUCUGCAUUUGAAUAGAAAAGCAAAGGGAAUGAUGUCUUUUUUUUGCGGCCUUCAAACACAUCUCUGUGUGAGCUUAUUACAUCUUCAUUGUCUUGCUUCGAAAAUCUGAAUGGACAGAAAAAAAUCACAGUUAUAAGGACUGCUUAGGACUACAGCUUACUCUUGAACAGUUCUUGUUCUAGAAAAUUUAUUUUAUUUUUGAUUUUAUCAGUUAUAUUUGAUUUGAGUAAUAUGAGUAAUAUAAUGGCCUAUUCUUUAAAAAAAAAAAAAAAAAAAAGAUCAUUUUUGGUCAAUGAUUAUAAAAGUUACUUUGAUAAGGGGUGCUUGUAUUUUCUAUGACAUUCUGUAGAUCACUACUAAUUUCAUUGGCUUAAAUCAAACACAUGUUUGUCCUAAUGAAUGAAUCGAAUAUUAUAUUUCUUUCUGCUGCAUUUCACCAUUGAGCUUUAACUGAAUUUUCCGGUCGUACGGUUAGCGAUCAGAAACUGGAAGGGUCAAAAUGCAGCAUCAUCGAUCUCAGGAUUCUUUUGCAGUACCAGGACUGUUGUUUUCUCACAUCAUCUUGUCCACAUGCCUUUGUUCUUUAGUUGAGAAGACAUGAUUGCUCAAAGCAAUGCAGUGGUGGAUCAGUUUAGAGCUCUGUGAUAAUGUGAAAUAAAGAUUUCAGCCAUAUGCUGCAGAUCUUUAAAGGUAGAAGCACAGUUUUAUCAUCUGUUAGUGGAUGUUUUGCUACAUCUGAUCAAACCAAAAUGAUGUUUUCCCUCAAAAGUUUGUAUGUGUGUGAAUCUCAGAAAAACAUGACUGGGUCAUUUUACUAUUAACCAUUAAAUAAUAAUAACUUACCAUUAAAUUACAAACUGCCAUGAUGUAUAAAUACUUGACAAUUAAAUCUUACUUUUAAAAACAAGUUUUGCAAUAACGUUUGGAGAUUUAGUGGAAACUGAUUUUACAAUGUAAAAAAUGUCAUUUAAAAAAACGUAAUAGUCUAAACACAUACUCUUUUUUUUUUUCCAGUUACAAAUGUUGUACAAAUAAUAGACUUGAAAAAUGUGGAGUGAAAUAUGACUGUAAUGCGUUCUUGUGAGAUUCACUCAUGUCGUGCAUAUUGUGAACAAUUUGGGCAAGUGACUUGAAUCAGAUUGAUGAGCUGUCUGACUUUUUCACCCAAAGAACCCGAAACUUAUUUCUUAGUUUUAUCUCAGGAUCUGACGCUCUGACGUUUAUUUUGGCAGAGGCCGAGAAUGUCUCACUUUUCAUUCAGUAUAUUUCUGCAGUUCUGUGUAGGACAGAAAAAAUAACAAAUGCUUGUUCCCUGGCAUGAGUGUGAAUGAGAGUACACUGACAGAGAUGUUUUAGUCAGCUGUAUCAUGUUGCAUUGACCGUCUGCUUUAAAUGUUUCUGCCUCAUAUUCUGACUUUGGCAUCUGUCUUCAAGUGUACGGCCAAAAACCACCACCACCCAUGGUUUUCAACACGAAUCUGUAAAGGUUAAUCUGAACAAUGGCACUAAAGUGGAGAGAUUCCACAUUUAAACUUGACAUGGGCUUGUUUGGACAGCUGGCAGCCAGUCCCUCGGAGCUUUAAAAAUGCCAAUUUAUCAUAACUAACAUGUUCCUUAGAAAGUUCAGAUGAACAUAAAUGCCACUUAAGAUGAUAAAAUAUAUAUGCAUAUACACAAUCUUAUGGGGG